UUUCAUGCUGCCUAUUAGAGCAUGCACAUUCUAUACAACAAUGAAGGCUUGGCUCUGCUGAUAACUGUCACAGUUGCCAAUGUGCUUAUGCAGGGGCGGACUGACAACUCAUGGGGCCCCCGGGCAAUAGGGGAUCAUGGGGCCCCUGUGUCCUUGCCCAAACUCAAAAAAAGCCUAUGAAAAAGGUACCAGGGGCAUCUCAUGGGGCCCCCUACUGACCCUGGGCCCUUGGGCAAUGUCCGAGUUUCCAAAUGGUCAGUCCACCCCUGGGUGUAUUUACCACAAGGCAAACAAGGCGUUUGCCUAG